UUUCAGUUUUGCGAAUUGCGAGUUUUGCAUAUUUUCUGAUUUCUUAAAACUUUCUAGAAGAAAGCAUAUGAGUUCUACCUUUUAUUAAAUAAAAUUGAAAUUGGUGUACUACAUUUCAAUGACAUCCAAAAUCUGAAAAUCUUACCAUCUAUACUACAACAUCAGUUAAUUAUGAUCACCCUAAAUAAAAAGUUAAAAAAACCAUCAGCUGUGGAGACAAACGGAGUGACAAUAGAACCAGUGAAAAGAAUAUCAAUAAGAGAUAAGUUGCUAGUGAAAGAAGUGCAAGAACUGAACGAAAACUUGCCGGUUACCUGCUCAGUGAACUUUGACGAUCCGAAUAUUUUGAACGAGUUUACGUUGACUGUUCUGCCCGACGAGGGGUACUGGGCUGGGGGGAAGUUUCAAUUUAGUGUGUUCGUUACUGAGGAAUAUAAUAUGGCGCCACCAAAGGUUAAAUGUUUGACGAGGCUUUGGCAUCCAAACAUCAAUGUUGAUGGUGACAUAUGCCUGUCCUUACUUCGUCAGACCUCUAUCGAUGAGCAUGGCUGGGCACCAACGAGAAGACUGAAGGAUGUUGUGUGGGGACUUAAUUCUUUAUUCACAGAUCUCCUAAAUUUUGAUGACCCACUUAACAUAGAAGCAGCAGAGAUGUACAAAAAGAACAAAGUAGAAUUUCAAGCAAAAGUACAGGAAUAUAUUGCAGUGUCUAAGGGAAAAAGAUGAAAAAUGUGGGCAUGUGUAAAUGUUUAGUUUAGAUAGACUUUAUCCUAAUGUACAUGAUAUAAUAUAGUUGAAUACUCUGA